UUUUUUUAUUUUCAACUUAAUGAUUUCGGACGGGACUUUGUUGAAAUAUUUUUUCCUCUACAUUUGCUCCAGCAUGUUUGCGUUGGCUGAUUUGUUUCCUGCUCAGGCCAAGGUUUUGAAAUGAAACGCAGUUUGAUUCUCUAAGCCAAUCAAACGUAACCCCGUUUUUUAUGCUGUUGUCUGCUGUUCUGCUCAACAUGAUUUAGUCCCGAGGAGCUCUGACACAAUGCGGCUGUGUGCCAUUCUCUGUGGAGUCUUUCAUUUGACAGCUGUGAUCCAAUCAGGACCAGUCAAACAAGAUGCUGGUGUGAGAUCUGCCAUUGCUGGGGAAAAUGUUCAGCUCCGCUGCUUCUACAGCAGUCAGUCAGCGAUGCACUUCUCCUGGUACCGCCAAAAAUUAGGAAAACGACCGGAGCUCCUGUCUAACAUUUACAAAUACGACGAACCGUCCAAAGUCUUCCACUGGUUGGAGAAGAACCCCCGUUUCUCUGUGGAAAGAAGUGAAGGAAUUAAUCAUUUACAUAUUUCUGAUGUCCAGCUCUCAGAUUCAGCAACUUACUACUGCGGAAGCUCCUACUCCAACUCAGUGGAGUUUGGAGAAGGGGUGUUUUUGAAUGUUGAAGGAACAAAUCGUGUGGAAAUAGUCCAAGAGCCAAACUCUGAGACCCUCCAGCCUGGCAGCUCAGUGACCUUCAACUGUACAGUGGACACUGGGGCCUGUGAAGGAGGACACACUGUCCUCUGGUUCCGGCAUGGAGCUCACCAAGCAGUUCUCCACACACACAAAAGUCAGUGUGAAAUUACCUCUGCCCAACAGAGCUGUGUGUACCAUUUACAGAAGAACAACCUGAGCUCAUCUGAUGCAGGAACUUAUUACUGUGUUGUUGCCUCCUGUGGGAAGAUGCUGUUUGGUUCUGGGAGCGAGCUGCUCGUCAGGCGCCGUGAUGAAGAACAGCUGUCCCAGAUGGGAAUCUUCUUCUGGCUCUCAGUGUUCAGAAGUGGGAUUCUGUUGCUCUUUGUCAUGAUUUGCAUUUGUAUUUACAUCAGAAAGAGCCAUUAAGUCCAGUGUUGCAUGUUGGGUUAUGUAGUUUUACAUAGCAGCCACAAAUGAAAUCAAAAUAAAUCAUUUCACCUGCU